AUGGGUUCCCAAACAGCAUGCCAAGUUCCUAUUGUAGACUUCACUGAUGAGAAGUUGAAACCCGGUUCACAAACAUGGGCUUCAGCAUGCCAAGUGAUCCGGGGUGCACUUGAGGAUCAUGGUGUUUUUUAUGCUUUGUGUGAUAAAGUUUCUAUGGAACUUUACAACUCUGUUUUUACUCUAAUGGAAGAACUAUUCCAUCUUCCAUUGGAAACAAAAAUGCAAAAGAUUAGUGAUAAGCCCUACCAUGGUUAUUAUGGACAAAAUAUUCAUGUCCCCUUAUAUGAAUCCUUGGGGAUCAAUGAUCCAAUGAUCAUGGAAGAAGUUCAAAAGUUCACCAAAUUAAUGUGGCCAGCAGGAUAUGAUCAUUUCUGUGAGACUCUCAAUUUCUACGCAAAGCUAAUAGUAGAAUUGGACCAUACCGCUAAAAGAAUGGUGUUUGAUGGGUAUGGUGUGGAGCAAAGGCACUGUGAUUCCCUUCUUGAAUCAACAAAGUACAUGCUUCGGAGCUUCAAAUAUAGACUGCCGCAGAAGGAUGAAAAUAAUUUGGGAUUGCAUGCUCACACGGACACUUCCUUCUUCACCAUUUUGCAUCAAAAUGAUGUAAAUGGUUUGCAAGUAAAAUUGAAAAAUGGAGAUUGGAUUGAUGCUGAUCCCUCACCCUUCAUGUUUCUCAUCCUCGCAGGCGAUGCAUUUAAGGUUUGGAGUAACGACAGGAUACGGUGUUGUGAACACCGAGUAAUUAUAAGUGAAAAGAAGGAAAGGUACUCUAUGGGACUAUUUUCACUUGGUGGAAAGAUGAUUGCAACCCAAGAAGAGCUAGUUGAUGAUGAGCAUCCAAGACGUUAUCACCCAUUUGACCAUUAUGAAUACCUACGUUUCUAUGCAACCAAACAGGCCUUAGAAUCUGAGUGUCGACUCAAAGCGUUCUGUGGCAUAGACUAUGCUGAUGAAAAGUGA